AGUUGCUCGCUUUAUGGACGCUCAUCACGCUGGACAUUACCGCCUCUACAACCUGUGCUCAGAGCGACACUACGAUGUUUCACUCUUCCAUGGUCGAGUGGAACGUUUCCUCAUUGAUGACCAUAACGUUCCUCCCCUCGUGGAUAUGGUCAAAUUCAGUGCCAGUGUACGUGACUGGAUGAAUCAGGAUGAGAAAAAUGUGAUAGCCGUCCACUGUAAAGGUGGCAAGGGGCGGACUGGGACCAUGAUCUGUGUCUUUCUUAUUGAUCUUGGGAUAUUCCGUGAUGCUGAACAUUGUCUUGGUUACUUUGGGGAUCGUCGUACAGACAAGAAUGUAGCUUCCAAGUUCCAAGGAGUAGAAACUCCCAGUCAGAGUCGGUAUGUUGGCUACUAUGAACACGUGGUUCGUGCUGGUGGGCGCCUUCCUCCGGAGACACCCUUGAUUAUCACCAGGAUAACUUUACAUGGGAUGCAUUCUGUGGGUGCUGGUGAUGGCUCUGAAUUCUACUUCACCGUUCAGAGCCGCUGCCACACCAUACCCUUCCAGGCUAAUAUUGCUACUCAAAGAAACUGUACGGUGAUAGUAGAGAAGAUCAAUGCUGUAGUGCACAUCCAGUUGGUCAACGCUCCAGUUAUACGUGGUGACACAAGAAUUAUGUUCUUCACAGAUAGUGUAAGUGCAUUAUUUAAAGUUAUAUUUUUUUAACACUUUGGCAGUCCC